UUGUCUCCACUAACAAAAGGCACAACAUGCCGGCAACUAAACACCCUAUAACAUGCUCAACAAAUAACUGAAUCAACUUAUUCAUGGAAUCUAAAACAAAAUUAACUUCUGAUUCAAGUGAGUGGCAUUGGUGGCUGUUAGUGGCGGUGAUCGCUGUUCUAGUCGUCGGAGCUGCGUCCAUUACUAUAUGGAGAGACUUCCAUGAGCUUCGCCACAAGGUUCCUCGGAUUCGAAGGCCGCCUGGUGGUGUUAUGCAGAAAUAUAGUGACGCUCUUCACGUUUCUACCCAAUUCUUCGAUGUCCAGAAAUCUGGUAAACUGGAGAACAAUCGGAUUAAAUGGAGAGGAGAUUCAGGGCUAGAAGAUGGAAAAGAUGACAACCUUGAUCUAUCAAAAGGAUUGUAUGAUGCCGGGGACCACAUGAAAUUCGGUUUUCCGAUGGCUUUCACGGCCACUGUUCUGGCAUGGUCAAUCCUAGAAUACGGUCAACAUAUGGAAGCAGUUAAUGAGCUUAAACAUGCUCAAGAAUCACUCAAAUGGAUCACUGAUUAUCUCAUUAAUGCUCAUCCUUCUGAUAAUGUCCUCUACAUUCAGGUGGGUGAUCCAGAUAUAGACCAUAAAUGCUGGGAAAGACCUGAAACUUCUACGGAAAAAAGACCAACAAUCCAAGUGAACUCCUCAUAUCCGGGCUCAGACGUUGCUUGUGAGACUGCGGCCGCAAUGGCCGCCGCAUCUCUAGUUUUCAAGAACCAGGAUUCCGGUUAUUCCAAAUUGCUUCUUGAUCAUGCACAAAAACUGUUCGAGUUCGCUAAUAGUUAUCCAGGAGUUUAUAGUAAAAGCAUCCCAAGUAUACAAGAUUAUUACAAGUCUUCUGGAUUUGUCGACGAACUAUUGUGGGCCGCGUCGUGGCUCUACCACGCCACUGGAGACGGCUAUUACAUCGAUUAUGUCACCGUAAUGCACGGAAAUGCGUUCGCUAAUUGGGGUAACCCGACAUGGUUCUCUUGGGACAAUAAGUUACCCGGGAUACAGGUGUUAUUAUCGAGGGUAAAUUUCUUCGGCACGAACACUCAGAUAUCAAUCAUAGAAAAUAUGAACCUUCAAAUGUACCGAAGAACUGCCGAGGCUCUUAUGUGCACGGUUUUAUUGCCACCACCAACGAACAAGAAAACUAACGGUGGUCUAAUAUGGGUCAACGAGUGGGAUUCGUUACAAUACGCCAUUGGUAGCGCGUUCCUAGCAGUGGUUUUUAGCGACUACAUGUUCGCAUCCAAGACACCAUACUUAUAUUGCAAUGGGAAGUUAUACGAGCCGAUGGAUGUUCGUGAAUUAGCUGUUUCACAGGCUGAUUAUGUGUUGGGAAAUAACCCGAUGAACAUGAGCUACCUAGUCGGCUACGGGCUUAACUACCCUCAAUAUGUGCACCAUCGUGGUGCAUCGAUUCCAAUAGAUGCGAAUACAAGUUGUCACGACGGUUUCAAGUGGCUUAACUCGACAAAACCUAAUCCUAACCUAGCAAUCGGGGCGGUUGUUGGUGGACCAUUCCUCAAUGACACAUACAUCGACUCACGAAACAAUUCGAUGCAAGCCGAACCCACGACCUACAAUAGCGCCUUCUUUGUCGGCCUUUUGUCAGGAUUAGUUACUUCAUCUUCUGUGGUUAUUUCUUUCACAUGAUACAAGUAUUUUUAGGUGGUGUAAAUAUUAUUCUAGACAAGGGUUACAUGAAUAUGGUGUGACACCAUAUUGUGAAAAUAUACGGAACUUACGGUAUACACACUUCUGUAUGGUUAAACAAUAUGAAAUAUAUAGACACGUUG